UGCACUUAUAAAUGUGUUUGAGGACCGCCAUAAUACCAACAAAGUAGAAGAAAAAGGUUGGAGUUCGAGAGGCGUGGCUGGAACAGUUUCAAAAUGGCGGACAGAAACAAGGAAGGAGAGAAGAAAAAGAAGGAGAGCAUCUUUGACCUGUCCAAGUACAUUGAUAAACAAAUCCGUGUCAAGUUCCAGGGAGGACGAGAGGCCAGUGGAGUCCUAAAGGGGUUUGACCCCCUGUUGAACCUGGUAUUGGACAGCACCAUCGAGUACUUGCGAGACCCUGACGACCAGUUCAAGCUGACAGAGGACACGCGACAGCUGGGCCUGGUGGUGUGUCGAGGGACCUCAGUGGUGCUCAUCUGUCCUCAGGACGGCAUGGAGGCCAUCCCCAACCCCUUCAUCCAACAGCAGGAUGGAUAGUCCGCAUGCCUUAUUCCUCUUGAUUUCCUCACAGUAGCCCAAUUCCUGGGGUGAAUCUUAAUUGUAUUUCCUUGAUUUCUCAAGUCCUCUCCUUGCUUCCUUCUUUGGACAAGAACAUCCGAGGGGAGGAACCUCAGAUCGUUUGCUCCAAUAUGCUUUGAAAAGGUGACAAGGUAGGAGGACGUAAGGAAUCGAAGAAAAUAUUAUUUAGAUUCACUACUAUUCUCCCCUGACCCUUCUACCCGAGGUGCACUUCAUGUUCACUCCAUCAGCCCCACACAUCUUUCUGAGUCCCUAAAAUCAGGAAAAUUAUUUUGUUGUAGUUUAAUUGUUGUCACCAGCCUGAAUGUUGAUGUAGUGUGAUGAGCAUGUGUUCUGUUAAUCUUAUUUUUUGGGGGGGGGGUCUCUGACUAUAUAAGUGAAAACAUAUUUUUGCUGUGAUGGUAAACUUUAAAAAAAAUACUUUUUUACUAUGGUUUUCCCUAAAUCAGGCCAGGUUUGAACGAUCUGGCAUAUUAUGGUUUUACAUUACAGAUGUAAUAAAUUUACUAUUUUCUUUUAA